AAGCGGCGUACAGGUGAAGUGCGCCUCACAUGGACGGACAGCGGGAUGAAGCGGCACCUCUCUCCCUCUCUCAGGUGUCCCGUGUGUGUGUGUUGUGUGGUAAACAGAUAGCCUGCACUCGCUGCUGCUCAGAGGGGACCUCGCUCAUGGAGCGGUGACACACUUUCGUUUCCCAGCAUGCAGCAGGAGCUUUGGCUGAGGGCUCUUCUUGAUACCUGUGUGUGCAAUGAGAUCGGCCGCUUCACAAACACUCCCGACUAGACCGUCCGAACAAGAGCUCAAAAAUGCCUUAUCCAACAGCCUCGCAGGACACAACCACGUCUCCAACUCCAGCAGACCAGCACAGUCCAGAACAAAGACGCCCACAGACACUUUUGAUUCUAGUUCUGUGCAUCAUCAUGGCGAUAAUCGAGAAAAUGCAGAUAAAUGUGAUAAUGCCGAGGGCCCCUGGAACCUGAACAACCCGGUGAAAGCCUCAAGGAGCCAUCAGGAGCUUCACAAAGAGCUGUUACUGGCCCACAAAAAAGGGCUGGUGGUGUGCUGUAAGCCGGAGCUUCAGAUGGUCCUGGAGAGGAGGAAGAGAGAGCAGAGCCAGAGAGAGGAGGGAGAGCAGAGCAGGAGUCCUCUGGAGCAGGUGCUGCAGGAGCGCCAGCACAAACAUCAGGAGAUGAUGAAGAGAAGGAAGAGGAGCAGAGGUUGCAUGAGGAGGUUCAGCUCUUGGAGUUCGUCCGAGUGAGACAGAACCUGAGGAAAGUCCACACAGCUCUACAGAAAAACCUUCACACCUGAAUCUGACUAAAGGCAUGCUUCACUUGGCCAUUCAGCUUCAUUUACAAAUAAAGUACACAGUGUUUCC